AUGUUUAUAAUUAAAAUUAAAUUCGUUGCAACCAAAAAUGGAAAUAUUCUCCCAGCUAAUAGUGAAGACAGCUUAAAAUAUUUAUCAUUUUUGGAACGUUCGAUUUUCUUCUCCGUGUUUUUUUUAGUUUAUAUCAUAGCUUUAUCGGGAAACAUCGCCGCGAUUUAUGUCACUUUAAACAGGAAGCAUCGUUUUAUACAAAAAACUUUAAUCAUCUCUUUGGCUUCGUCGGAUUUAAUUAUGGCAACGGCUUACACAGUUAAUUAUUUAGAAACGUUUUCUCACGAUCUUGUCAAUUGGACUAUGGGGGUAUUUUUGUGUGGAGCAAUUCCUUUUUUGCAAAUUUUUGGGGUCAUCGCAAGUUCUGGAGCUUUAGUGGCGAUUGCUUUGGAUAGAUAUAGAAAUGUUGUUCAUGUAACAAAACAAAGAUGGAACCCGAGUUUCUCUCAUUGCAUUUUUAUGAUAUCAACGAUGUGGAUUAUUUGCGCGGUUAUAUCUUAUCCAAUAACAAUUUGGUUCGAACAUAAAGAAGUUAACGUUUAUUUCUCGGAUGGGCGUCAACCACCGAUUGAGCGUAUGUUUAUGUGCUUAUCAAUGGAAAAAGAUAAACUAAAAAUUUAUUACAUCUUCAUAGCAGCCACUAUUUUUUUACCACUUUUCGUAAUCUUCACUUGGUUAUAUUGCAACAUAGCAAAAUUGGUGUGGAAACAUCGAAAACCUUUAAGUGUUAGAUUCGAGAAAAACCAAGAAAAUUCUUUAGAAACGGUUACCUCGCAAAUAAAAACCGACGAUUCUAUUUCAACGAUUAAAAUUAUGCCAAAAUCACCCCCGAUUAUCAUGCCUAAACAAAAACCGAACAGCGUUAAAAGAAAAAUACGCACUUUUAAGAUUAUUAUCGUUUUAAUGAUGGCCUUUUUGUUAUGCAGAAUCCCAUAUUGGACUUUUAACAUCUUAAAGUUAAUUAAUACAUAUAGGGAACAUCAUUAUUGGAUUUUAACGUAUCUUUUUAACGGAUUGGCACUUCUUAAUUGCGCUAUGAACCCUUUUUUGUAUACUUUUUUGAACGAAACCGUCGAUUAUUUAUCGCGGAUUACAAAGAUUUUGAAUGAUUUUACUUGCCAAGUUUGUUGCUGUUGCUUCUCGAACACUGAAUUUGAAGAUUUCGGCAAAGAAAAUCCUUUUAUGGAUAAUUAUAAUAACUUUGAGAAUAAACAAUGUAAUAAAAAAUGA